AUGUCUCAUCGUUUGCUGAAGCGACUCAGCCUGUGUCACUUGGUGAUGCAGGCGCUGGUCAUGAAGACACUCGUGUCUUCACAGAGUAUGAGCUCGGUGUCUCGUACUCUCCUGAUAACGGAAGACGGAUCCGUAUCGACGGCGAUCGAAUCCAAGCCGCCUGCCAAGCGUGGCAUGGAUGAUGUUAUGCGUCGUAGCAUCUUUGGUUCAUCUGAUGAAUCAGAUGAACCAUCGCCGAAGCGAAGGCGCUCGAAGUCACAAGACUCGGGCGCUAACAGUUGUGUCGGUUCUCCUAUGGACACCACUUCACAGCGAGGUGCCAGUCCUUCUGUCGGCACGUCGCAGGAAGAGCGGGACCGCAAUGUCUUGCGUCUCGCUCCAGAAAAGAAGGCAUGGAUGCCUCCCAAAUCCGUCAUGGAUCACUUGUCGGCGACGACGAGUGAUCGUUAUCGAACACGAUUGUUCGAUUCGUCAAGGAUCCAUCACCUUGACCCCAGCGCGAAAAACUAUCGCGCUGAACACGAAUUCUUCAUCGAUGCUUUCUUCAGACAUCGAUGGUACAGUGGGAAUCACAAGCGUGAUGGUCCCUCACUACUUCAAGCGUGGAACGCCUACAUCCAUAACCUCGAGGAUGUAGGUCGUGACGUUUGGAACGACAAACUUAUCAAAGCUCGUGAUAAGUUUGAAAAGCGAACCCCGACAGGUGCACGCUACAAGCUGCAUCGUCUGUCAAGGGAGAAAGGAUUACCCUGCCUCUCUUGGGGAGACUCGUGCCCAUGUUGUGUGAACAACUCUGCACGAGCACCUAAGGAGGCUUACCUCCUUACUAGCCCGUGGUGGCGCGUACGUGUCUCUACUGAGAUGUACGAAGGGAUUGACAACCUGAAAUCCCUUUACGACCGUGCCGGGUGGAUUUCUCCGGCGGUCCUUCUGCGGCACAGGAUGUGCCGCGUCGUACUGCUCAACCAGACCCAGUACGUCAACCAUCAGUUGGGAGCGGGGCUCCCAAGAAUCCCAGGACGGGGGAUAGCCGCGCCACCGGACGAGAUAACUCGUCCGACGUCCGUUCACGUCGCGGUGGUUCAACAGCUGCUCAACUAG